GAAUCUGGUGCUCCUGGUUCCAAGAAGAAAUCAAAGUACUUGACACCAUGCUUAACAUCUUUGCAAGGGACAAGGGACGAAGCCACAGACCCAGAGAGACUGUCUAGGACUGCAUACUCAUCUACAUCCAAUGCCUCUGUGGAAACUGCUGUUUCACUCUACAGUUGGGUCCAUUCAUCAGCAGGUGGCCAAUCUAGAACACCAUCUCCCCCAGUACCUGAUACCCUGGGAAAUGAUGUUCAGUGCAGGGAGCAAAAGCAACAUCUCAUCAGACCCCCCGGGGCUGGGUUCCAGAAGGUCCGCCUACAGGCCCUGUCUCAUCGCAAGGUCGAUUUCAACAUACGUCAGAAGCAACUGGAGGAGCAGCAGGGAGGACCGACACCCCACUCUGAGUCUCUGACCAGACUGAUCUCCUCAGCCCCUAAAUGGCAUCCAGCAACCAACAGGACCAAUCCCGAUAUGCAGAGUAGGACGGCUAGGGUCCUGAGCUACAAGGAGCAGGAGUUGCUCAACUGGCAUAUUCAGAAGAAACGUCAGGAGGAGGAAGUGGCACAUACUGGGAAUGACAGAACUCAGGCAGAUGGGAUGGUGCAUGGGAUGACCCAGCAGUCACUUCUAGAUCAGCGGCCACACAGCCACACACCUCCUCAAAGCAUCAGACGUCAUACACCACCCAAGUCCCCUCGCCCACCAAGCCCAGGGCUCUUUGCACGGCCGAUGAUACCUGUUCCUUCUCCUUCAGAAGACUUGCCUCCUCCCGUCACGCUCAUCUGCAAGGAAGAAAGCCACCGCGAUGGCCAUGGAUCUGUGGAAGUCAAGGUGAGUAGCAGGACCCCCAAGGAGGAACUGGCAGAAGUGCUCACCGUGUUAGGGCAAAGGAAGAGCCCCACACUGAGAGAAUCUGGAAUACCCGAGACCCUUAAGGAAAAAAAGAAAGAUCAACAUCACAGCAAUGCUCAUGAAUCUGUAGAAGUCACGUUGAACAGCCAGAUCCCCAAGGAGGAACUGACAGAACUGAUCACCGUGUUUGGGCAGAGUUCCACACCAAGAGAAUCUGGAAGACUCGAGACCCCCAAGGAAAAAAAGAAGGAUAGUCACAGCCCUGGCAGGAGACCUGGGUCUCCCAAGGAGGAUCUUGGCAGGGUGGGAAGAGCUGGCAGCCCCAAGGACAAGCAAGGAGAGGUCAAGGCCGGCUUGAGAACAGACCAGACAAUGCACACCUUGAGUUGGAGUAACAUGCCUGAAUUUCAGAAACCAAGUCUGACCUGGGCGCAACCUGCUACUACGCAACCGAAGUUCCUGGACCCUUCAUUUAUGUGCCAGAACCAACUGGAGUUGCCCUGCAUUGCUGCAGCACGAGAAGAACAGAACCAGAAAAGCUACCCAUUUGCACAACUCAGUACACGUCCCGCUGCUAGAACUCCUAAGCCCCAGUGCUUGGCCCACACCAUCAUACAGUCUUUGGACUCUGAGCAAGCAAUGCAGGACCUGAAAAUGCACCUGGCCAAAGGGCUGGAGAUGGGGUCCAGCCAACCAAGCGUGGAGUAUCCGCUGUGCCUGCUAUGUGGCCGUUGCACCCCAUAUUGCCCCCACCCGCGUAUGCGGCACAGCCCCUGCCUCCUUGUCUACCCACGGCUGGAUGUGCAGGAUGGUAAUGCGUAUAUGACCCUCGGCUUCCUCCUUAAGAUCAAGAGGUCUGAAGCUGACAUGUGGGGGUUGACACAAGGAACAGAUGUGCUCAAGAAACCCUGUGACAAAGAACGUCCCUCAAAGAGAGAGAAGAGUAAGCGCACCACUCCACAUAGAAAGAGCCAAGGCCGCGCAGCUGGACCAAGACCCCAAGGUCCCAAAAUCCCAGAUAAGACACCUCAUGUUGCUAGGGAGCAUCUCCCAGAGAGAGGUAACCGGAAGACCAGAAAUCCAGUGGCUGCUCAACAGGUUGCACGGGUUGCUGCAACUACCCCAGCACCUGCAAGUGCACAAACUACUAAAACACAGUUCCAACCACGAUCUGCAAGGCCACCCCCACUAUCUGCAAGGCCAUCUCCGGUAUCUGCAAAGCCGUCCCCACCACCUCCAAAGAAAGUCCAUCCGAAAACACCCGAGAAGCCCCACUCCAUUCUGAAACAGCUGCUCUCCACCAUCAAGAAUAUUUGGGCCAAGGUGCGAAAUAAGUGCCCCGAGAAGUUCUGCCCUAAGAAAAGCUCUCCCUCCAAGAAACCAGACUCUCCCCAAUUUGCCCGUGUUUCCCCUCAGCCCCGGAAAGAACCAGGGGCUCUUCUUUCACUUAAGUCCUCCACCUCUGAGGUCCAAAAGAAAGGAGCCAUUUCAAAAGUCUCUCCUUUGUCCCCCAGCACACAAAAGGUUUCUCCCCUCAAAUCAGCCACUCCUCCUAUACUCAAACGUGCUUCUUUCACCAAGCAGACGUCCCCCACAGACCGCAGGAGGCCAUCCCUGAGCUUUAAAGAACCAGAUUCACCUAAGGUCUCCCAGAAAGGGACCAGUAGCACUAAAAAAUCGACUUCCCCUGGGACACCAAGGAAAUCCCCCAGUUUGCUGAAGAGGACUCCCUCCAAGAAAAGCACUAGCAAAAUUGCCAGACACCCAGACUGACUAGAAUGCCUGGCGUGCUCAUUGUUGGGGCACUUUCUCCUGCCAGGGUUUAUUGCUCUGUGAUAUCCACCUUCACUGCUGGGACACAGCAGGUCUGUGUUGUCUUUUUUUCCCA